AUGCACCACUACCGCGAAGAAAUCGCUGAGAUGGGGCGUUCGGGCGUCGUCAAGCACAAGAUCGUGGUGCGGACGGUCGACAACAGCAUGAGCGCCGAGGCCGACCUGGUCGUCUACGACUCGGUCCGCGCCAGGGACAUAUCGGGCUUCCUCGACGACCGCUGUAGGAUGGCGGUGGCUCGCGAGAACGAGGGAGACGGUUCUUUCAACUCCUACGUCGACAUGCACAAGCGCACGGGGAACUGGGCCAACUCCAAUGACCUGUGGAGGGAUGUCUGUAAGAAUUGCAACGAGCGCGAUCACGCGCUUUGGGAUGGAGCAGAGAUGUCAGGAAAUAGACCGGGACGUGACGAACAGGAGUAG